AUGGUCGUCGUGUUGCCGGGCGAUGUGAUCCACGAGGCGGCGCCGUCCCUGCAGCAGACCAAGCUGGGGCCGGGCGUGCUGCCUGCGCCGCAUGCCCCGGAAGCACCUGCUACACUGUCGUCCAUACACACGGGCGCGCUGGGCCACAUUCGCACGCAGCAGCGCACGGCGCAGGCUGCCGUCCCGAUGCAUGGCUGGUACGUCGAGUCGGCGCGCCGGCGGUACGUGCCGUGCGAGGGUGAUCGGGUAAUUGGGCAAGUCACGAAUCGCGGCGCUGAGUCGUUUACGGUGACGCUGUUUUCCGCGCACCACGCGUCUCUGCCGGUGCUGGCGUUUGAAGGAGCGUCUCGGCGGAAUCGGCCGCACCUCGAGAUCGGUGCGCUGGUGUAUGCGCGCAUCGAGAGUGCCGAGCCGUGGACGGAGCCUGUGCUGAGCUGCAUUGAUCCCGUGCACAACAAGGCCGACGGCAUGGGCGAGCUCAAAGUCGCUCAGGAGCCGGAGCUAUCGAUGGUGUGGCGGGUCAGUGAGCCGCUCGCACGAAGCCUGCUGCGCCCAAGCCACACGCUGCUCCCCAGCGUAUCGCGGCACUUUGCGUUUGAGGCGGCGAUUGGCGUGAAUGGCCUCGUGUGGACGCGCGCCUCGCGUGCCGAGCACGUCGCGGCCCUGGGCCGCAUCUUGGCCGCUGCCGACGAGGCGUGCCGACAGCAUGCGCUGGCGGGCGAUGCAUCGCCGACGUCGCUGCACAAGCGCAUAGGCGAGCGCGGCGAGCUGCCUCCCGAUACCAUAUCUCAGCUUGUAUAG